AUAUCGGCCGACGUGAUUCGAAGCCACCUUGGAAGUUGGCUAGCAUCGAACGCAUGUACGUGGAUCAAAGGUGAACUUUGCUCGACGAUAAAUAGGCUUUUUUCCGCUAGAGGUUGUCAAAAACAAACUUAUAUUUAAGCGAGUUUGAGAUUGCUACUAACUGUCAGACGUUAAAAACCACAUAAACUCCACAAAGUAGUUCAGCAGAUGCUCGAUGGUGUGAUUGAAUUGAGGCAGAAUUUCAAAAAGGCCACCUCUGCUGCGUAACAACGACAGCACCGAAUCGAAAGCGCCACGAAGCGGCUCCAUCGUAUUGGAGCUAUAGAGAACAACAGACAACCCCUGAACAACUAUCGAAAACAGCUGGAGGGGCAGUAUCUCUCUAACCUGAAGCAAAAGCUAGAGCCGCCGCUGCUAUUGCUGCGGAAGCCAGUAAACGAGGGCAGCUCUGACGUGGGAACGAGAUGAAGUGCCAAUAGAUAGUGCAGAGUAUCUGCAUUGGCAGACGGCCACAGAUUUGUUUUGGUUGAAAGGAGCAUCAUUUGACUGGGCUCGCCCAGCUGGGCAAUGCCAGGUCCUCCUGUAUUUGCGUUCACAAACAUGAACACAAACUUGCACCUGUCUAGGUUGUUCCGUCGUUAUUCCCUUUCUAUGAUAUUGUGCUCACGCAAGUAGGCAGCAACAACAGCUACAACGAUAGGGGAUCGUUGUUAACGUGCCUCUCCCUAGCAGAACCAAAAUUGUCGGAACGUCGUUUGGCGGUGGGAUUAGCCAAGACACGAGUGUCAGUCGACCGAAUUACCUCACGGAGUGCCAUUACUACAUUUUGUUGAAGCGAUCAACUCACUUCGUAUGGCCCGCUCAGAUCAACGCCAGACGAGUCGGAGAUCAGCGCUAGUGUUUGACGAGCGCAUGCCGCAGCACGCAAGUCCAUUCGAAGACCGACACCCCGAGUGUCCCGAACGAUUCACUGUGAGUCUUGAAAGGAUUCGUCAUUACAAACUUGAACAACGAUGCGUCAUCCUUCCAUCGCGAGCGGCGACAGAAGCGGAGCUCGAGCUAAUACAUUCGAGAAAGCACAUCGAUUUAGCGAAGAGUUUGGAUGAAUGUACCGAUACAACUCAUCUUGAAGAACUUUUAUCGCACUACGACUCCGUUUUCAUGAAUAAGCAUUCAUACAAACUGGCGCUACUCUCGGCUGGAUGCACAAUCGAUCUCAUGAAAGCCGUUCUCGGCGGGAGUGAAGUGAGGACUGGAAUGGCCGUAAUUCGGCCGCCGGGACAUCACGCGAUGGCGGAAGAGUUUUGUGGCUAUUGCAUUUUCAACAAUGUCGCGAUUGCAGCGAAGUACGCCGUGGAAAAGAUGGGUCUAGAAAGGGUCCUUAUCGUCGAUUGGGACGUACACCAUGGUCAGGGGACUCAAUUCUCAUUCUACGACGAUCCAAGGGUGUUGUACUUUUCGAUUCAUCGCUACGAACAUGGAUCAUUCUGGCCGGAACUGCGCGAGUCGAAUUGGGACUGCAUCGGCAAAGGGCCUGGCACGGGCUACAAUAUUAAUGUGCCUCUGAACAAAGUAGGAAUGGAAAACUGGGAUUAUGCGGCGAUUUUCCACCAGAUUUUACUGCCUGUCGCCUCGGAAUUCCGGCCCGAGCUUAUUCUCGUUUCCAGUGGCUUUGAUGCAUCGCUAGGCGACCCCGAGGGCGAGAUGCGGGUGACGCCCGCAAUGUACGCGCACAUGACUCACAUGUUGAAGCAGUUAGGCGUCCCUUUGGCAAUCGUCCUUGAGGGCGGUUACUGUUUGCCCGCACUGGCCGAGAGUGUUGCACAGGUGCUGAAAACGCUUCUCGGCGACCCAUGUCCACCGCUGAUUAACAACAGAGAAGACAAAGCACGGGAGCCAAAUGAUACGAUAAAGGCCACCAUUGGUCAUGUUAAGUCUGCUCUGAAACCAUAUUGGCGGUGCUUCAUCUCGGAGACAUCAGACAAGAUUCCCUUGCCAAUCAUCACCUAUCGGGGCAUUCUAGGUAUCUGCAAACCGGAGAAAUAUCCGACGAAGAACUACCACAUGCGUCUAUCAGAAGAAGUGGAAAAGGCCACUCUUCAGGAGCAGGCUGUUCUUCGAGCACGAACCCCCCUCACAACCGCGUCGUCGCAAGAUGCUGUUAAAAUACUCGAUACCCUGGACGGAAUUGAAGAUCUAGCAUCGCUGAAAGCUUAUAGUUACCUAUUAGUGAAUCACAUAACACUCGCUAGUGUCCAAUCUUUCCUCGGAACAGCUCAUCAGCUAAUAAUAGAUUUUGAAUCAGAGCCAUCCGUUUCUGUCAGCCACGAGACGAAUCGCGUUUCAGUCUUUCCAAAACUUUUCGAACUAAAUGGCCGGGCUGAUUGCUUUGUCUUAAUGUAUUCGCUAAUUCUUCCGCUUUUCUACAAGAUGUACCCCGAGUGGGUUAUUAUAAGGGUCGGUGGUUCUCCCCUGAGAGAUUUGUUGUCGCUAUGCUGUGCCCAUCUCUCAUGCGAAGGCGCCCUCUGGAUUAUCGAUGGAGAUUCAUGGGAGCCUUUACCUAUUGUGUUGCCAAGCGAUUUUGAUUCGGUAGAUGCUACAGCUGCUCGACGACGUAUUCAGGAAGCAGCCAAAGCUGUAGGUUUUGGGCUCGACAGUUUCAUUAAAGACGUGCUGCCAAUUUUUGAAAAGCUACCGUUGGAUCAUAACCGGUCAUUGGAGUCUAAUUAACAGCUACUCUAAUAAUUACAUACGUAAUCCGAAGUUUUAUAUUGAAAAGUUUGUUCGCUAAGCGUGUCUUGCCGAAUGGAGCUAAUAUAUCUAACAUGUCAACCUGCAAUAGUUGUCGAAAAUAAACAUCGUUUCGAAGUGUGAUUCAUCGUUGA